AUGUUAGCCUACAUGUCCACCGCCGUUCACGAGAAAGGACAACAUCCACCAGCCCUGCCCUCACCCCACAAGGCAACGAGCCGUCCACGAGCGGAGCUCCCCCAAAUUCCUCGUCCUCUGACAAUGACGGUUCCCACGACGCACCGCCGGCUCCUGGCCGCCGUGGUGGCCCUGCUCCUCGUCUUCGCCUCGUCCGGCGCAUUCGCCAUGGCGGGGAUGAGCGGGCCAAUCAAGACGGUGGUGGUGGUGGUGAUGGAGAACCGGUCAUUCGACCAUAUGCUGGGCUGGAUGAAGCGGCUGAACCCAGCGAUCGACGGCGUGACGGGCGCCGAGUGGAACCCGGCAAACACCUCGGACCCCUCGGAGGGGCGCGUCUACUUCGGCGAAGCAGCGCAGUUUGUCGACCCGGACCCGGGCCACUCGUACCCGGAGAUCCGGCAGCAGAUCUUCGGCUCCGACGACGCCACAGGCCCGCCACGGAUGAACGGGUUCGUGCAGCAGGCCCACUCCGUCGGCGGCAUCCACAUGACGGACGCCGUCAUGAACGGGUUCGCGCCCGACAGCGUCGCAGUGUACCGGGAGCUCGUGGCGCAGUUCGCCGUCUGCGACCGAUGGUUCGCAUCCGUGCCGUCGGCCACCAUGCCCAACCGUCUCUUCGUCCACUCCGGCACCUCCGCCGGUGCCACGAGCAACAACCCAGUGUCGCUGGCCAAGGGGUACCCGCAGAGGACGAUCUUCGACAACGUCCACGACGCCGGCCUCUCGUUCGGUGUCUACUUCCAGGACGUGCCAACGGUGCUCUUCUACCGCAAUCUGCGCAAGCUCAAGUACAUCCUCAACUUCCACCACUUCCACAACGCGUUCCGGGAGCACGCCCGCUGCGGCUCCCUCCCAAACUACGCCGUCGUCGAGCAGCGGUACAUGGACUCCAAGGAGCACCCAGCCAACGACGACCACCCCUCCCACGACGUCUACCAGGGCCAGAUGUUCGUCAAGGAAGUCUACGAGACGCUCCGCGCCAGCCCCCAGUGGAACGAGACGCUCAUGAUCCUCACCUACGACGAGCACGGCGGGUUCUUUGACCACGUGCCCACGCCGGUCGACGGCGUGCCUAGCCCCGACGAUAUCAUCGGGUCGCCGCCAUAUAACUUCGCGUUCAACAGACUGGGUGUGCGCGUCCCGGCCAUCAUGAUCUCCCCGUGGAUCGAGAAGGGAACAGUUGUCCACGGGCCGAACGGAAGUCCAACCCCAACAUCACAAUACGAGCAUUCAUCGAUCCCCGCGACCGUAAAGAAACUAUUCAACCUGACACAGGAUUUCCUAUCCAUCGUUCCAUUUGCAUAUGUAGAACAACUCCCGAUGCCGAAGAGGAUCCGGCAGAUGGAGGCGAAUGAGGAGGCAAAGCUAAGCUCGUUCCAGCAAGAGAUCGUGCAGCUGGCUGCGGUGCUGAAUGGGCACCACCGGCUAAGCAGCCUGCAGGAAAGGAUCAAGGAGAGAAUGAACGUGAGGGAAGGAACCUCCUACAUGAGGAGCGCCAUGAGGCGGUUCUUCGAGGCCAGCAUGUCGGCCAAGAAGAUGGGUGUCACUGACAGCGAGCACAUCAUCAAGAUGAGGCCCUCCCUCACCACAAGGACCUCCUCCUCCGCCCAAGAUGAUCGUGUGUAG